CCGGGCAUUUUUCUAUAAAGUUAUUUUUAGUCUCUAGCCGGAACAACUACAGAUAUGGAAUAUUUAUUUGUUUAGACAUUUUCAAUCAAAAUUCAAAAUUAUUUCUUUUUCGAAAACUUUUUACUUUUUUCGGCAGCAAUUAUUCAAAAUGCGCUAUUUUGGACGAGUCUAUGGCAGUCGCAUUGGUAUAACUACAGUACGAACUUACUCCUGCAAGCAACCCGUACAUUCGGAUCCGCCCUGCGUUCCACCUAAUACCAAAUGCUUUGUGGUCGAAGACAAAUGUGGCGCGGCACGAGAUUAUCUAACUAAUAAAAUACCAUUGGACAAACACAUGGUGGAAGCUCAAAAACGGACCAAAGAUGGAGAAUUCGAACCGCCCUGCUGUGUCUCACGCAUGGUGUUUCCACCGCCCGAGAAGUUCAAGCCGUCAGUAACCAAGCCCAAGGAGCGACCUCCCUUUCGCUCGAUGUGGGAGCCCAAGUGCGAGGCCAAGGAGCAGUUUUAUUGUAAGAAGAUGCUGCCGCGCUUUGAUGAGAUGUUCUACCAUCCGUCGGACAAGAAGCGAGCCUUUCAGCGUACCUGGACCGAAUGUCCGCCUAUCAAGGAGCGCCUGAAAAAAGUAUGCUGUCUAGAUGCCAUUGAGCCUCCCGAAAUACAGCGAAGGGUCAAGGAGCGUUGUCCCGCUGUCACCUGCACCUUUGACUACGUGCAAAUGCGCCACGUUUGCAAAAAGACCGAUCCUGAUCAGAAUAACAAGUGCAGAAAAAUCCAUUGGCCCUGCUGCAAGCCAGCUCGGUGUCCACCCUACUGCCAUCGGGUGCGAAAGCUCAACAAAUGUUUAAGGCUACGGGCGCCGCAUAAGAGUUUUUCGGAGACGAGACAGUGGCAACGUCCUCUGCGUGAACGGGAGUGUAAUCGGGUGCCGCCGAGCAUAUGUGAAAUACUCAGAGAAGGACUUCAUCAAAAGCAAUUUAAAUUAAAGUCCGAGUGUCCAACAGGCUAGCCAGAAAUCUUUCUAAGCGAAUUGGAAGCUUAACAGACGAAGGAUCGCAAUCGUAGAGUCAAGCGAAGUUACCUAAAUUGAGAAGUAUUCAUAGGGGGGACUCCUCUAGACAUCACAAUUUCUUUUUGGCCUGCCUGACGCCACUGACGAUUGUAGUCUGAUCACAGCAUACAAUAUCCACUCUGUUGAGGGCAAACUACAAUCGACUGUGACUUUAAAUGAAAUUGAGAAUAAUUUAAUAAAAUGCAUUUUAAAUUCAUUCUUAAAUUUUUACUACAUCUUUUUUAACCUUCGGUAUUUUUUGGAUCGUUGAAUACAAUUUUUGCUUUACAAUUUUUUCCGCCAGCCUCCAAAACAUAGAGCGCCUUAAGAAGUGCAUAACGCAUAAGAAUCCUCGACUUGGAAUCAUCCAGUACAGUCUGCAUCUGUGCCUCUUGGCUCUUCUCAGUUUCAGUCGUAUCGGUACUUACAUCAUAUUUAUCGGGAUCAAAUGCAUCACUUGAAUCGGUUUUCUGGGCUGGAGGAGCUAACGGAACCUCAAUUGUUGGAAAUGCUUUAUAACUGUAGAUGUUGCCUUGGGUCUCAUUUUGAAUUUUACCCAAAGCGCCAACAGUUUUUACUUGCGGCAGAUCUUUAUGUAAAUCUGACCUAACAAUGUUAAUAGCGCCUCUGAAAAUGAUAUUGGACUGUUCCACAUCUUUCAUACUGAUUCCAGCCACUGCCAACGCAUCUUGCGCUUCCUUGAGAUCGCAGGUCGCCAAGGGUUUUGUGCCUUUCAUACUAAGAUAUUUCUCUAAUUCUGUAACUGCCACAGCACACUUAUUGAUUAGGGCAUCCAUUGCCUUGCAAUCUACACCGAGCUGGUCUAGUUCUUGCUUCAGCUCCUGAUUUGUGCAUAGUCCUUCAACCUCUUGAGCCGUAUUUCCCUGAAGUGUGCAUCUUCCGAUCUUAUGAUGGUCAUCCGAUGUUGUGUUUUUGUUGAGAAAGCCACGUGCCACUUGAUCGACUUCACUGUCGCCAUUAAAAUGCGAAACACCUCCAAUAUUCAUGAGUUCCUGAGAUCCUGGCCACAAGUGCUUAGAAGAGGCAUGUCGCAUUAUAGGUUUCCAAGACUUCUGGAUCCAACGAUAUGCAUUACGUGUGUACAGGCCAAUCUCAAUCACGCACGACAUUCUGACUUUAACAAAUAACCGAAAUUUUGUAAACAAAUAAAUAAAGAGGAAAGCUUUGAAUAUCAAACAAAGC